GCGCGCGCGCGCCGCGCUCCGGGAGGCGGUGGGGACAGCGGGGCGCGGGACGAGGCGGGCGGGCGGGCGAUCCACCUGGGGGCGAGGAAGAGAACGAGAGGCGGCGCCGCCGCCACUGCUCCUGAUGGAGCUGGGCCCGGAGCACCCGCACCGCCGCCGCCUCCACUUUGCCUGCAGUUCGCCGCCCGCGGUCGUCAAGGCCCUGUUCCCCGCCGGCCCCGGGGGGCUGUCCCCGGUCACCAACCUCGCAGUCACCAUGGACCAGCUGCGGGGCCUGGGCAGUGAAUGUGAGCAGCAGCUGGAAAUGAAGAGCAGCAGCAGCAGCCUACAGCGGACAAGCUCCUCAGAUUCUACAGAUUCAGGUUUUUGUCUGGAUUCUCCUGGGCCCCUGGAUAGAAAAGAAAACCUUGAAAAACCCAUGAGAAGAAUAAACUCCCUGCCACAGAGGCUCCUAGGAUGUAGCCCUGCCCUAAAGGGAAGCCACUUUGAUUCAUUUGACUGUGAUAUCUUUCAGCUAAGUGACCAUGAUGAAAACAAGGAAAAUGAGGUCUUUGAAUUUAAAAAGCCAACAAGACCUGUACCCCGUGGCCCUCUUCAUGGACUUGGAGAGGUCAAAGAUGUCUUCACCCAAAGGCAGAAUUCGGCCCCUGCUCAAAUGUUUUCCACCAAUGAAAAGGAUAACAGUGAACUUGCAAACUACUUCCCUCUCUUCCUGCCACAGUCUCCUCUGACCUGUGUGUCUGAUGAAGAUGAUGGAUUCCUGGAACUACUUGAUGGAGAGAACCUGAAGAAUGAUGAUGAAACUUCAUCAUGUAUGUCAAGCCUUUGGACAGCUCCCCUCGUGAUGAGAAGAACAUCAAACCAAGGUAAACGGUGUAAGCUGUUUGAGUCUUCAUCUACACCCAGCACCACUACCCGUUCUGUGUUGAAGAGACUGGAACGUUCUCCUGAGGAUUCCCCACCAGGAAACACAAAAAAGAGGAGAAGCACAGUAGAGGAACCUACUGAAGAAGCAAUGAAACUCAAUGAGAGCCUGCAACCAGCUAUAUCCCAGUCACCUUCCACAGAAGAGACCAUCAAGAGCAUUUUGGACAGUGACCAGAGGGACCUCAUUGGUGAUUUCUCAAAGGGUUACCUUUUUCACACAGUUGCUGGGAAGCAUGAGGAUCUAAAAUACAUUUCUCCAGAAAUAAUGGCUUCUGUGUUGAAUGGGAAUUUUGCAAAUCUAAUUAAAGAGUUUGUCAUCAUUGACUGCAGAUAUCCAUAUGAAUAUGAAGGAGGCCAUAUCAAGGGUGCAGUGAACUUACACAUGGAAGAGGAGGUGGAAGCCUUCUUGCUGAAGAAACCCAUCAGGCCAACGGAUGGCAAACGUGUCAUUGUUGUUUUCCACUGCGAAUUUUCUUCAGAGCGGGGUCCUCGGAUGUGCAGAUUUGUGAGAGAGCGGGACCGACUGGAUAAUGAAUACCCCAAACUCCACUACCCUGAACUAUAUGUUUUAAAGGGAGGGUACAAAGACUUCUUUUUGAAGUGCAAGUCGUAUUGUGAGCCUCCAAGCUACCGUCCCAUGCACCAUGAAGAUUUUAAGGAAGACCUGAAGAAAUUUCGCACCAAGAGCCGGACGUGGGCAGGAGAGAAAAGCAAAAGGGAGAUGUACAGUCGCCUAAAGAAGCUCUGAGGGUGAACCUCCUCGGACAGCAGCCAGAGAACCCCCCUGCUCCAGGGUAGCCUGAGGAAAGGGCCCAGCUGAGUAGGUCUCCCUGGCUUCAUCUGCAAGCUUGCUUGCUCCACACAUGCCGACCACCGUCACCUAGGUCUCGAUUAUGAGAGCCUCUGCUUCCUGCCAUUAUCCUGUUGACUACUUUCUUGCUGUCCCUUUGGACCUUUUUAAGAUACUUUGAUGGGAAAAGCUUUCCUUUGGCAAAGACCAGGAAUGCUGUGGGGGGGGUGGGGGGAAGUGGUUUGCUGCUACCUUAAGUUACCUCGUGGAGCUCACUAGGAACUUCUGUAUAGAUGCUCAGAUGAAAUUGAUGGCACUGAGGUUGCCUAAGAUCCCUAGGAGUCAGAUUUGUACCUCGAAUGACUUAUUCCUUGAGUGACUUUGGCUGUCUCCCUCCCAUGCAGUUAAUCUGUGGCAGCCACAAUGAAACACUGGGUUUGAGGGGUGGGGGCCAAGGGAACUGUUGCACAUGAAGGUGCUACUGACCAAAUACCAAAGACAAUCUGAGGAGAAAGGAUCUCUGUUGUGUACAACUCCUAUGUAUUAAUUUAUUCAACCUUGUCAAUCACCUUAUUUAACUCCUGGAUCAUUAGGUCAAAAUACUGCCUUUCCAAGUGGAGUAUUAUUCUAGGGACUGCCUUGGACCCAGGGUCUUCUUUUAAUUUUCUUUUUUAAAGAAAAGAAAAAAUACUAGAUGUUCACAGACUGGUUUGGUUAGUGAUAAAACAGGGAAUGAAAAGAUGAAGUAGCUUUCUAAACUCCAGGAGGUUGUAAGUAGGCCUGUAGGUGGCUUCAAACCAAGAGUGAGAUGGAGCUCUGUGAUAGAGAUGGCGAGUGUCAGACUUGACUAUAGCCUUGUGCUAAACUUUGUAACUACCAUCGAAGACUCCCAAAGCCACGAGGCUUUAGUGACUGUCCCUUCAGCACGUGCCGUCUGCCUAGACCUGGGGUUUACUAUUAAUCUUAGAGCGGUAGGGCCUAUUUGAUAGGUGGCCCCCUGCCCUGCCAUUCCUAAACCUUGCUGGGACAGAAGUUACAGUCAAGAAAGCACUUCAGGCAGCUUCAGCUGGGUUAUCCCAGAUCAGUGUUAGAGCAUGUAGCAUCUGUAUUCCAGGGUAAGGGGUGGGAGAAAAUAAGCUCUAAGGCAAGGGUACUUUAAUUUGGGUGUUCCUCUCGUAUUACUUCCAUGGUACCAUUCAAAAGCUUUUCCUUUUGAUCUGCUCCAAGGCUGAGGAGUUUUCUGAGCUUCAGAUUGGUGCUUUUUUAAAAGUUUUGUGUGUGUUUUUGUUUGUUUUUUUUUUUUUUAACAGUCCCAUUUCAUGUACCAUGGGGUGUCAAAUCAGUGUUAGAGGAACUGCCUGUGGGUUUUUUUCAGGGGAGGGGACAAAAGCUCUGGGCAUUAAGAAAAAGGUUGGGAGUUAGUGUGGAAUUGACCAUACAGAACUUGUUUCUCAAGAGGGAACCUGGUGGAUCCUGAAGGUGAAACUUUCUGGGUUUAUCAUGUUUAAAUUUGAGGGAAAGGGGGUGGUGAAUUUAUCUUCAGUUGCCCUCUCAUCUAGUCCUAUGAGAAUGGGGGCCUUUGAAAGGACCCCUGUGAUAGGAAUUAGGGCUAGAUCUUGAUGUGCCAGAAAGAAAGCUGCCCUGGUAUCUACUUUUGUGUGUAUUAGAUCUUCUAGCCACCCUACGCUCGCUGGCUCUGUUGGGAUGCAGCCAAGUUUCCUCAAACACAAAUAUCACCUUCUUUUCCCCUAAAUUCCAAAAAAAGGGAAGUAGGAGUGGAAGGUAGCAUGAGAAUCAGUGAUGUAGGUGACUGGUUGCUGCUAUAUGUUUUGGGUUUGGGAAUUGCAUUUAAAUGUAAAGCAAUCUUGUUGGAAAAAAUAUGUGAUAGGAAGGGGGAGAAGUCCCCCAUACACACACACUCCUUGGCUUGGUCCCCAACCUGGUUUUGUAUGGACUGAUAUUGCCCAAGUUACAGGAGUGGAGAGGUUGUAACAGACUUAGGGCUCUAUCAGCUAAGCCAGCAUUGAUAGACUCUUGCAGGCUUUGGAAAUA